AUGGUGACUGUCAGCUGCAAGGAAGGAUUCGAGAUUGUGGCAGACACAAAAAAUACCAUCGUUCCUGGCCAAAUGCCAAGCAGAUGGAACCUGGAGCAACUCCCACCUGCAAUGCCAGCCCGUGGACUGUGGAGAGCCUAACAAAGCUGACUUCGCGGAAGUGGAGUUUGAAUCGACCACUUAUCAGUCAGAAGCCAAAUAUAACUGCAAGUUGGAUUAUUAUACCCUGCUUGGUGAAGACACCUAUCACUGCUCUUUGGAUGGAGACUGGGUGAACAGCAAAAAACAAACUGAUCUCCCCGUAUGUAAACCAGUCUGUGGCAAAACCACCUUGGAGUUUCAAUCCAGAAUAUAUGGUGGCUCCCCAGCAGAGAACGGGUUCUUCCCUUGGGUCAUGCAUUUUCCAUCAGGAGACCUUGGAGGGGGGUCACUCAUAUCUGAUCAAUGGGUCCUCACAGCUGCCCACGUGGUCCAAGACCAUCUCCAACCCAGAUUACUUGCCGGAGAUGUCUCCCACCGUAAAGGAGUGGAGCUGCUGGCCAAGAAAGUCAUUCUCCACCCCAAAUGGACCGUAGGAAAUAAUGAUAACAGAAUGAAUUAUGACAAUGACAUUGCCCUUGUCCAGCUGAAUCGUAGGAUUGAAAUGGGUCCCUGCAUAUCUCCGGUAUGUCUGCCGGAAAUUAUAAUGGACCCGUCCCCAGAGAUAAAUGAAGUCGGGUACGUGGCAGGCUGGGGAAGGAAGAGCGAUAAUUUCAAAUUAUUGAAAACGGCAGUUCUGCAGUACGUUCCUGUUCCUGUCCGCAAAACCGAAGACUGCAAGAAUUCAGAAGUCACCAACCAAGUCUUUACCGAAAACAUGAUCUGCGCAGGUGGAAGCAAUAAAGACAGUUGUCAAGGUGACAGCGGCGGUCCGCUCAUGUUCAGAUAUAAGUCAGAAGACGUUAAGGAGAAAAAAUUAUAUAUUGGCGGUAUUGUCUCCUGGGGCCUUAAAUGUGGAGAGUUCGGAAUGUACACCAGAGUGAAGAAUUAUGUGGAGUGGAUCAAAGAGACAAUAAAGGAGACCGAAAAGGAAGAUGAUGAGCAGAAGGCCGAACUACUGAAGAUUUGUAAGUAG